CACGACGGCACCCAUCAGUCGCCGUGCGUCGCAGCGCUUUCCCAAUAGCUAUUGUCGCGUGCGCAAGAGUCCGCAGCCGCUGCAGAGUCGCCCCGCAGCCGCCCUCUCACCUUCGACACACGACCACGCAACCGCGCGGGCACCGCAUGCGACGUCACUUGGAUCCCCGCCUUGCGCACCAGCACCCCGUAUAGCAUCCCCUACCAACACGUUGCGCCUACAGCACAUGCCAGGCCUCAUCUCUCCCUCUAGCGCCAGCAGUGGAGGCGCCAUCGCAGCCAUGAAGAGACCCCACGAUGAAGCGGGCCUAACGCACCACGGCGCGCCGCUGAAGAAGCGCAAAGUCGUGCACCAGCUGCACCACACGCAGCCUGUGCAGUAUAUGGUCGACCCCAUCAGUACAGAAUUCGAUUUCGGCGACAGCAAGGAUUUCUACGAUCAGCAACUGCGACGCGCGAUAGCUAUACAUUGCAAGACUACGGGGUUUGAUAGCGCGCGACCAGAUGCGCUGGAAGAGUUCAGAGGACUGGUUGACUCAUACAUGACCAAGUUCCUGGCAAACGUGCGCAUGUCGAUGACCAGCGCGCGGCGCACCGAGACGGUCGCCCACGAUUGGAUCUACGCGCUCGGCAACGCUGGUCUUGCUGGCUCAGGACUCCUUGAACAGCGAAUGGACACGGGCGAGGUACCCAAGUCAUUACUCCAGCCACACUUCGACCCACCUGCACCACCUGAACCACAACCAAUCAGUACCGACUCGUUACUUGGUCCCGAGCUGUCCGGAAGAACAGACAAGGAAGCUCGAGCAUACAUACCGAAGCAUUUCCCGCCAUUCCCAUCCAAGAACACCUACAAGGCUACGCCCGUAUUCACGAGCCGUGAGAACGAUCCACGCAAGAUCCGAGAGAAGGCGACAGAGGAGGGCAUCUUGGCAGAGCAGAGCUUGCGAAAGCUCAUGGCAGCACAAAAGGCGGGCAUACAGAAGCAGACAGCGGGCAAGCGGAAACGCAGCACGCGCAUGAGAGAGAGCGACAGAUUAUGGCAGGAAGCAAUGACAGACCUGCUGCACGAGGAGAAAGAGCACGAGAAGAGCGAGGCACGGCAACGCGCAAGGGAGGAAGAAGCGGAGAUGGAGGCCGACGACGACAGCUGGAAUGCGCCCCUUGUUGAGCGACAAUUACGGCAGCCCAUUGUGGACCGCAACGUCAACCUCGAGGAAGGUGUGCAUGUCAACUACGACCAGCGGUUCUGGCGGAAGUCGGCGAGGGGAGCUUGAAAAGUUGAAUGACAAUGGUUUGCACAGCAUUUCUACAGCGCGGCGUUUGGGAUCAGCAUACACGUUUUGGCGUGCCCUGGAAGGGGCCUGAGCAUGUGGCAGGCGUUAGUAAUUAUGUAGACGUUGUACCAUAGCCUUCGGGCCACCGAGAACAGCAAUCGAGUCGGACACUGUUCCUCCGAAUCCUCCAAGACGCCUUGUAUAAGAUUAUACAUGUAUUUGUGUGAAGUCGACCCCCCCUCCCCUAACACAACUACCUUUAUCAAACACCCUCCACGCUCCCAUCACGCUCCUGCCCCG